AUUGGCUGUGUGUGUGAGAAAACCCUGGUUUAAACAAAGGGGGCGGGAGCGAGGUCAGUUUGAAUCAGCAGCUCGACCCGAUAACGACCAACACACGCAUCGAACACCACAUCGACAAUGGCCUCCCAGAACAUGGACCCUGCGGCGGCAGCAGCCUCGUCCGCAGCCGCGCUCAAGGGCAGCGAGAGCGGCGGCAGCGCGGCCAGAAGCUCGGUGUCCAAACGGCUGCAGCAGGAACUUAUGACUCUGAUGAUGUCAGGUGAUAAGGGGAUCUCUGCUUUUCCAGAGUCAGACAAUCUCUUCAAGUGGAUUGGGACCAUCGAUGGCGCUCAGGGGACGGUGUACGAGGGCCUCAGGUACCGAUUGUCGUUGGAGUUCCCUGCUGGUUACCCGUAUCAGGCGCCUCGUGUGAAGUUCGUCACUUCCUGUUUUCACCCCAACGUGGACGAACAGGGCUUCAUCUGUCUCGACAUCCUAAAGGACAAAUGGUCGGCGCUCUACGACGUGCGCUCAAUCCUGCUGUCCAUCCAGAGCCUGCUGGGAGAACCAAACAAUGAGAGCCCAUUGAACACAACUGCUGCUGAAAUGUGGGACAACCAAGAAGCCUUUAAAACUCAUCUACAGUCGACCUUCCAGAUUUGAUGCAAUCCACGUUUUAUUCUUCUUCUGUCUAUGCCUUCUGUGUUUGUAAAAUAUUUUUAUGUUUGUCCAUCUCGCCGUAUCAAUAAAGUUCUUAACACAA